GUUCAAAUAUCCAUCAUUUGUAUUUAAAAUAGGAAUAAGUUUGUUUUUUUUUUUUUAAAAAAUUUCUUUUGCCUUUAUUUCAAAAUACGAUAUGUGUAAAUUCACUUUAAAUUCAGUGUAAAAGUGUUAUUUUUAUUUUUCAAAAAAAAAGAACAAUGAAAUAUAUUAAUAUUACUUUUAUAAUUGCAUUCUUGCUGUUUUCAAUAAAUGUAGUUGAUUUGAAUAAAUGUUCAACAGUUCGUUUAAAAAAUGGAAGAGUUCGAACAAGAGGCCGAGGAAAGAUAAUUAGAUUUAAUUGUGACACAGGUUUUACACUUAUUGGAAAUACGUAUGCAACUUGUAUACGCGGAGAAUGGGAUAUGCCAACACCUACAUGUGUUAAUUCACAAUGCCCUGAACUUUCAAAACCAAAACAUUCUUUAGUUCUUCCAAGAUAUGAUGGUGCAAUUCUUUUAUAUUUUUGUGAACCUGGAUACAAAUUAAUAGGAACAACUGAAAUAUAUUGCGAUGGUCGACAAUGGAAUGGCUCAGUACCUUAUUGUCGAGAUACCACUGCAAUUGUACCAAUAUCAUGUGAUUUUGAAGACUCUGAUCUAUGUUGGUGGGAACAGGAUCCAAAACAUGAUUUUGAUUGGCGAAGACAUAAUUUGGAAACACCUAGUGCACAUAUUGGUACUGGUCCAACUUAUGAUCAUACACUAGGUCCAGGAAACGAUGGUCACUAUUUAUACAUUGAAGCAUCAGGUCGUUUAAUUAAUGAUACAGCUAGAAUUAUGUCACCUAUUUAUAAUUCAUCAUUAACUCGUUUUGGAUGUUUUUCAUUUUGGUAUCACAUGUACGGAGAUACAAUAGGAGCUUUACGAGUUUAUUUUAAACAAGAAACGGAAUUAAAAGGAAAACUAAUGUUUAAUAAAGAAGGCAAUCAAGGAAAUCGAUGGAUUAAUGAAAUUUUUCGUCUACCAGAAACGAAUAAUAAUUUUCAGAUUAUAAUAGAAGGAAUAAGAGGAAGUAAUUAUGUGAGCGAUAUAGCAGUGGAUGAUGUUGCAAUUUUACAAGGAAAUGAAUGUCAGCAGAAGAAUAGUUCAAAUAAUACAGCAUCUGAUGAUGAUCAAAUUGAAACUAUAAAUGCGGCCCAAAGCUGUCGUGGAAGAUGCAUAUAUGACAAUUUUAAUAACAAUAAUUCUGGAGUUUAUUGUUAUUGCACAUUGGACUGUGCAGAAAAUUCAACAUGCUGUCCAGAUUAUGCAGAAUAUUGUAUUUUAGAUACCACUGAAACAGUUGAUAUUGUCGAUUUAAAUAAUACUCUAAUACCAUUUGAAUCAACAAAUGCACCGGGACGAGACGAUAUUAAAAUAGAUGAAAAUUUACAUUAUUCAAUAAAAACAAUUAAAAUUCCAACUCCCACUAUUUCGAAAUCAACGAAAAAAAAAUAUUCAACUGAAAAAAUAAAUACAAUGGAAACAAUUUUUUUUGUAACAAAAAAAACAAUUCAAUUAUCAACAACAAUGUUACCGUUAAAAAUUGAUAAAACAAAUUCUUCAAAUGCAGAUUUACAAAAAAAUAUUCUUUAUCCAACACAAAUUUCUCAAAAUAAAGAUUCUAAAACUUCAAAAUUACCUAGUAUAAUUGGUGCAAUUAUUGGAAUUUUAUCCGGUAUUAGUAUGACAAUUAUAUUUAUAUUUUUUAUUUAUAAAAAACGAAAAUCAUGUAAAAGAGGAAAAAAUGGUUCAACAUUAUCCGAAGACAGUGAUGUACGAUUUUUAACAUCAGACGAAAUUUUAGAUUUUAAUAUUGCAAGACCAAAUGAAUAUAAUGAAAUGUAAUUUAUAUAUAUAAAU